CCAAGCUUUUCCCACUAAUGCUCUUGAAUGAGGGGUGCCAGCACCUCCCUUGACUUCAGGAAAUGAAGCUGCCCCAAACAUUCCCCCUUACUCUUCUCUUCCUCAGUUGCCUAGAUGGUAACCCUUCUAAGAAGGGUAGGGAUACCAGUGAAAAAGGAAAACCUUCUUUCCCUUGGGCUCAGUCUGGACAGUUCUCCACCCGUGACAAGCAUCUGUGCAGCUGGCAACUCAUCUCCAGAGAGAGGGAUACAGAACUCCAGCUCACCUGUCAGCCAGCAGAAGGAGAGGCACAGAGGUGUGUCUACCGGGGCCAGCCAGAGUUAUGUGCAGCCUACAGUGCAAAAGGCCGUCAGUUCUGGAAGCAGAUCUUAGGAAAGCUCCGCCGGAAGCGCCAUCCCUGCCAGGACACCAGCCCUCUCAAAUCCCGGCUUUGUAGCAGCAAGAUGGAGACAUCUGAAGCUCAACUGCACCUUGUACAAACCACACCAAGCACACCAAGCACAGACGUCCCGGUGGCCACUGCAAAUGUCACUCAAGGAAGUCCCAAGGGGAAAAGCCAUGGCAAAAACCUACCAGCUUCACAGAGAUCACCACAAGCACACCAAGAUAUGAUCAUCACCAAUCCAGCAAAGAAUGGUGCCUUGAGGAAGCAAAAGAAAGGGGGGAAGAGAAAAGGAAACGCCAACUCUUCAGCAGCCCCAACUCGUCCAACCCCUAGGCAGCCUACAACAGCAGUUGUGGAAGGCACUGUACGGCCCACAGAGCUCAACGCCGAUGUGGUAGAGGCUUAUUGUGAAGAGAAAUGGCAUUCCUUGUGUAACUUUUUUGUAAAUUUCUGGAAUGGCUGAACUUGCAGGGUAAGAGGAAGAGGGGGGGAUGGAAGUGUACAGAAGAAGAAUUAGUGAUAACUAUGGAAGGGAUGGUUUGAUAUAAGGGCAGAAACAAAGAAAGUCAGGUGAAAUGAAAAGAUUGUGGGGCAACAAUGAAAGAUUUGUAAUUUUGUGCAGUUCUGGGGCUUUAUGUGAUACAUAAUUUACUCACGCCUACUAAUCUUGAUAAGAAAGUCACUAAGGGUGUGUAGAAGUUACUUUUGCAUAGGAUUUGUGCAUUAAUAUACAAUACAGCUCCUUCCUCGUCCCAUACUAGAGGGGAUCCAUUUGUAGUACACACCUUUGCUGCUUCAGAUAAUUUCUUACUUUACAAUCACUGAGAUACUAAUCUGUAAUUGUAAAAAAAUUUACAGGAUUAUCAGUCGCUUAUGGAGCUUUAUUUCAUAUUUUGGAAAUGUCUAA